AAAUAUUUUUGUAAACUCGUGCACAUGAAUUUAUAAAACUAACUUUCAUCAAGUCAGAGACUUUUAUUGUGAAAAACGUGAUGAAAUCUUUCAGCAGGAAGAGCCUGUCACCGGCACACACGUUUCUCGGAUACCACCGAAGCAGCAAACAUCAUGGGAGAGCAGCUGAGUCCUGAUGAGAAGUUCCAGCUCAUCACCAGAAACCUUCAGGAGGUUCUUGGUGAGGAGAGGUUGAAGGAGAUCCUUAAAGAGAGGGAGCUGAAGGUCUACUGGGGAACAGCAACCACCGGCAAACCCCAUGUGGCCUACUUUGUCCCCAUGUCAAAGAUUGCGGACUUCCUGAAGGCGGGCUGCGAGGUGACCAUCCUCUUUGCCGAUCUCCAUGCCUAUCUGGACAACAUGAAGGCUCCCUGGGAGCUGCUGGAGCUUAGGGUGCAGUAUUAUGAGCAGAUCAUUAAAGCCAUGUUGGAAAGCAUCGGAGUUCCCCUUGACAAACUCAAAUUUGUCAAAGGCACAGACUAUCAGCUCAGCAGAGAGUACACUCUGGAUGUUUAUCGACUGUCAUCCAUGGUCACUGAGCACGAUGCCAAGAAAGCAGGUGCUGAGGUAGUCAAACAGGUUGAGCAUCCUCUUCUGAGCGGCCUGCUCUAUCCUGGACUACAGGCACUGGAUGAGGAGUACCUAAAAGUAGAUGCUCAGUUUGGGGGUGUGGACCAAAGGAAGAUCUUCACGUUAGCAGAGAAGUAUCUGCCCUCUCUUGGGUACACCAAACGUAUCCACAUGAUGAACCCAAUGGUGCCUGGACUGACUGGGGGCAAGAUGAUGAGCUACGGUCCCGAAUCCAAAAUUGACCUGCUGGAUAGGAACCAAGAGGUGAAGAAGAAGUUAAAGAAAGCCUUCUGUGAGCCUGGAAAUGUGGAGAAUAAUGGAGUUCUGUCGUUUGUCAAACAUGUGCUUUUCCCUCUACACUCAGAGUUUGUGAUCAAAAGAGAUCCAAAGUGGGGAGGAGACAAAGUCUACACAGUCUAUGAGGAAGUGGAGAAGGACUUUGCUGCAGAGCAAAUCCAUCCUGGUGACCUGAAGGCUUCGGUAGAGGUGGCUCUUAACAAACUGUUAGACCCUAUCAGAAAGAAGUUUGAGACCCCGGAGUUGAAGAAACUGACAGCGUCAGCUUACCCAGAGCCCUCCAAAAACAAAGGAGGCGCGAAGGCAAACCCUAAACAAACCGUAGAUGAAGAGGAGGUUAUCCCAUCUAGAUUGGACAUCAGAGUUGGCAAAGUCAUCAGUGUAGAAAAGCAUCCAGAUGCAGACUCGCUGUAUUUAGAGAAGAUUGAUGUGGGUGAGGAACAACCACGGACUGUAGUGAGUGGACUGGUGGCCUACCUCUCACAGGAGCAGCUUCAGGAUCGCCUUGUUGUGUUGUUAUGCAACCUAAAGGCCCAGAAGAUGAGGGGGAUUGAAUCUCAAGCCAUGCUGCUCUGUGCUUCAAUUGAGGGAGAGCCCAGGAAAGUGGAGCCUUUGGAUCCACCAGAAGGAUCAGCACCAGGAGACCGUGUUUAUAUCGAAGGAUAUGAAUCAGGAAAACCAGAUGAUGAAUUGAAACCAAAGAAAAAGGUGUUUGAAAAGUUGCAGGUGGAUCUGAAGAUCUCAGGCGAGUGUGUUGCACAAUGGAAAGAGCAAAAUCUGAUGACCAAACUAGGACAGAUCACCUGUAAAACACUGAAGGGUGGAAAUAUUAGCUAGUUGUCUUCACUGAUCGAAAAAUUCUCUGAUACAUUUUCCAUGACAGCCCAGUAUCUCGUGACAAGUACACAGUGUCGGCUAUUACUCAUCAUUGACAUCCAAAAAUAUUUACUGACUCAAUAGAGAAGCAAAUGGCUUAUAAUGGCAUUAUUUAAUUUUAUUUGUCCCAUUCAACCAUGUCAACCUGUGAAUAAUCUAAUAGCACAUGAUUACUGCAGCAAAAUGCUUAUGGGUAUCGUCUGUGCUUUACCUUGCAUGUAUUGCUGUCCUUGAGGUUUUACAUAAAGUACUGCAGUAAAAAAUGUCAUGCUUUUUUUUUGAAUGACAGAUGAAGACUCUUGCUGGAGUUCAUCUGUUAUUCUUUUAACUCAGGUCCUCCUGUUAUGCCAUGUCUGGAACUAGAUCAUUGCUUACAAUGAUCAGUCUCCAGUCUGACGAUGUUUAAACUAUUUAAUCAUUAGCGGAAACGGUUCAGGCAUGGGCAGUCUCUAUACUCAGUAAACCGCUGUUGCAUACAUAUUUUAGCAUUGUUUACUUCACAGAGAAAAACGUAGAACUCGUCUGACGCUAUCAAAAUUCAUUAAAAUAAACAGUGAUUCAUAACCAUU